AAUCGUAGUACUGUUCGUUUUAACCGGAAUAUCUCAGUUGAAUACACCAUUUAUUUUUUAAGUGAAAGAUUUCAAAGGGUGUUAAUCAAUUUCAUAUUUUGCUUUUAUGAAUGUGUUCAUUUUUUUACAGUGACGAAUCAUUGUUCGACCAGUCCAUGUGUACACGGUCAAUGUUAUGACGUUUCUAAUGAUUUUCUUUGUUACUGUAACCAUGGUUAUGAGGGACGUUACUGUAAUAUAUCGGGUUAUUACUGCAAGUCAAAUCCGUGCAAUCAUGGGAGCUGUGUAUCUGAUUUUUUCAACUACACAUGCAACUGUUUUGAAGGAUAUGUUGGAAGAAACUGUGACGCCCUGAAUGUCACGGACUGUUACGAUAUUCUUCAUAAAAGAUUGGCGAGAAAAAGUGGAGUUUAUAACGUUUUCCUAUGGAGAUCUAAAGUUGUAAAAGAAAUAUACUGCGACAUGGAGACAGACAAGGGUGGUUGGACGGUGUUUCAAUAUCGAUUCAACGGCAGCGUUGAUUUCUACAGAAACUUUAGUGAUUAUGAAAGAGGAUUUGGUUCUUUAGAUGGUGAAUUUUGGUUAGGCCUUGAAAACAUCUAUGAAAUGGUUUCCCGAGGAAAAACAGAGUUGAGGCUGGAUCUAACGGCAGCGGACGGAACAUCUGUAUAUGAAACUUUUCAGAAUUUUAGUCUCGGUGCAAUGCCGUAUUAUACUCUUCAUAUCGACAAGGGAGUCGGUACUGCAGGCGAUGACUUUGGUUUAUCAUAUCACAAUGGUAAAAAUUUUUCAACUUUCGACAUGGAUCGUGAUGGAUCCAGUAUUAAUUGCGCUAUAGACGACCAUGGUGGAUGGUGGUAUAAUUAUUGUGCUCUAGCAAAUCUAAACGGUGAAUAUGUUACUCCUGGUACACAACGACCUGUCGAGUCGCAAGGUGGGAUGAUAUACUACUCAUUUAAACAUUAUGAAUCACUCAAGGUCUCCAAAAUGAUGUUCCGGCGGGUAUAA